AUGAAAUGUCCCGAGGAUGGCUCCGAUAAGCUGCGAGCGAACUUUAUCAAGUUAUCUUACACGCGAUCGCUGUGCUCUGCAUUAUUUCCGAAAUAUGUCGAAGAUAAAAAUGAACAGGAAAGAGUUCAAAAGAAAACAUUCGUCAACUGGAUUAAUUCACAUCUAUCGAAGCGUAUACCACCGAUGCGCAUCGAUGACCUCAUAUAUGACCUGCGAGAUGGCACCAAGUUACUCGCACUCUUGGAGGUGCUUUCUGGAGAAAAACUGCCCAUGGAGAGAGGUCGUGUGCUUCGGAGGCCACAUUUCCUCUCCAACGCCAAUACCGCCUUACGUUUCCUAGCCGGCAAGAGGAUCAAGCUUGUGAACAUCAAUGCUGCUGACUUAGUCGACGGCCGGCCUGCGGUCGUCCUUGGACUUAUAUGGACUAUAAUCUUAUACUUCCAGAUCGAGGAAAACAGCAGAGCACUGGAAUAUCUGGUGGGAUCACGAUGUGCAUCAGUGAUGUCUCAAGAGUCAGGCACGGCUACUCCUACCCAAAGGGCUGAAGACAGAUGGAAGCAAGGAGCUAGGAAAACGCUCUUGCAAUGGGUGGCAAAUGCCCUACCCAAGGAUUCAAACAUCCAAGUCACAGAUUUCGGUCCAUCAUGGCGAGAUGGCAUCGCAUUCUUAGCCAUUAUAGAUGCAAUCAAAGCCAACCUGAUCAACUUGGCGGAAAUGAAAAGAAAAACCAAUAAGCAGCGCUUGGAGCAUGCGUUCGACGUCGCAGAAAGCGAGCUAGGCAUCGCUAGACUGUUGGACGCUGAAGAUGUAGAUGUGGAUAAGCCAGAUGAGAGAUCCAUUAUGACAUAUGUAGCUCAGUUCCUUCACAAAUAUCCGGAGCCUAAGACGACAGGACCAGAUGCCGUAGCGGCAGUACAAGAGGAGUACGAAUCUCUUCGAAUGUGGCUGACCGAACGUGUCACCACAGUUCAAAGGCAAUACGACUCGCGAACGCUAUCGCGAAACUACGAAGAUUAUGUUCGCGCCGAAAAUGAGAGGCUCGCUCGUGAGCCUAUCUACCAAAAACUCGAAAAACUUAUGUACACCCAGAGUUUAGUUGCUAUAGCUCCUAAAUCAUGGCGAGAACUUGUUUCACUCUGGGUAGAGCUAGAGAGAUUACACAGAAGAUGGCUUUGGCUUUUAGACUCAGAUUUACCGGGUGAUUUCAAAGUCAUAGGAGAUUGGCUCGCAAGGGCCGAAUAUCUUUUAUAUUUCGACGAAAUUCCAACAACCUUAGACGAAAGAACUGCUGCAAUUGUAAGUGAAAAGUUAGAAGAACAUAGUUCCUUUUUCGCUAAUCUGCCAGAGGUAAUGGAAAGAUUCGAAAGAGCGUUAAUAUCUCCAGAAGCUUCAAGAAUACCAAGUGAGAGGCUUCAAGAUAUGAAAGAUAGACUUGAAACUGUAAGUAGAGGAGCACCACAAAGAAAAGCAAGAUUAAAGUAUCUGGAGCACAAAUGUUGUAUUGUAGCAUUUACAGAGUUAACGAGAGCAAAACUUUCCGCGUGGACCAGCAAGUAUGGUCGCAUUGAUAAUGUACGUGCCUUAUUAGAUGAUUAUGACAAUUUUGUAACUAAAAAUAAGAUUUUCCAAGAGUUUGAUAGAGCAUAUGUCGAUAUAAAACAAGUUGCUGAUGAAUAUAAGAGAGUUUGUGAAGUAGAUAGGACGGAAGCAAGAGAGAUUGAUACGUUUUUAAAAGAAGUGGCCGAAACUUGGAGGAGGGUCGCUUCAGAUGUGAGAUGUGCUCGAAGCGUGCUUGAAGAAGUAAUUGCUCACUGGGAGAGGUGGAAUAAUUUAUCUGACGACUUCACAACAUGGUUAGACAAAGCUCAGCACAUGCUGAGAGUUUCAGAAGAUGAAAGAUUAGAAUUCUUCCAAGACUUAACAGUCUGGAAAGAGAAACACCAAAUUUUAGGCGACGCAGCUGGAUUUUUGGCUGCUACUUGCUCUGACGAAAUAAGUUCAGAAAUCAAAAGAAAAUACGUAGAAAUCACUGAAAGAUGGGAACGUGUUUGGGAUGAAGCAGAACGAUAUGUCCGUGGUGGGGAUGCCCUGCGCCACAGGCGCGAGUUGGCCUCUGGAGUGCAAGCUUUAGACAAUUGGUUGACUGCAGCUGAGAAUAUUUUGACACGACAACCAAACGCCAACACCGCUGACAUACAAGCCUAUAUUGAUCAAUUAUUACAGCUUAAUUCAGAAAUUGAACACAACGAGGAACUUUUCAAAACCAUAAGCAGAACCUUCCAAAAUGCAAUUGCUGAACUUCCAAGAGAUGAAGUAGAGGGUAACAUGGCUAAGUUGAAACAGCAGAAAGAAGCCCUAGUAAGGGUGCGUGCGACCGUUCCUGUGAAGUUGCACCAGUACCGACAGCUGUUAGUUCAGCAUGAGUCCCUGGAGACAGGACAGAAAGAGAUCGGCAGCUGGCUCGAUAAGGCCGAAGAAAAUCUCAGGUCCAGAAGUGAGACAAGACGUGAGAUUGUGGAAGAGCGUUACGAGAUUCACAGAUCGUUUUUCUCGCGCACAACUUACUACCGUUCCAUGUUGGAGAGCAAGAACAAAGUCUUCCAGAACAUAGUUAAGUCUGCUGAUGCUGACCGUAGUGCUGAUGUCACUGAUCAAGUUAGAUUAAUGAGAGACCUGAAUGAAAGAUUCGCCUAUGUAUCAUCCGAAGCUACUCGUCGAGAAUCAGAACUGCAACGUUUAGUAAGAGCUUGGGAAGAGUUCGAGACGAAGAAACGAAUAGUGGAAGAAUGGGCUUCCCGCGCGGAAGCUUUGUUGGCCGAUAAUCGAGUAGAUUCCAAACAAGCUGUUGACUUCCACAAGCGAUUCUUCCAAGGUGCAGAUGAACGUGCCGUUUCAGAGCUGGUACGCUCAGGACGGGAACUUCUAGAGCUGGUGAAUGAAGAAGACCGUCCGCAAGUGGUCCAGACCGUGGAAGAGUUGCAGCGUCGGUGGCGAGAGCUAUUGGCGCGUGCGCCGCCACACCUCAUGCGGCUGGAGUUUAGGCUCGAUGAGGCCGUCUUCCAUCAUUGCAUCAAGGAUAUCGAGAAGGAGAUUGCCUAUGAGGAGCAGGCUUAUAAUCAGAGCGAUGACGCCGACGGCAUCCUUAUCCGCAACGAAGAAUAUUUCCGUAACCAAGGCAAAGUGAUGCAAGUCGAACACUGUCUUCAAAACCUCAAGACGAUUGCUACUAGCUACACUCACCAAACUGGAGAUACUACUUUAGAAGAGUCGGUCAAGAAAUGUGAACAAGAAUGGGAAAGCACCGUCCACAGAGUGGAACAUUUUAGACAGCAGUUGCAAAGGAUUCCAGCUAAAUGGGACGCUUACAGAGAAAAGUUUAGGGAAAUGGAAAGAUGGAUGGAGCACGUCGGUACUACUAUGGAUAGUAUCGUAAGAGAAGUAGAUUCUGCUGAAGCAUUUGAAAGAGAGAAGACCAUAUUCCAAAACAUCUGUCGCGAAGCUGACAAGAAAAGAGAAGAUAUGAAGUGGCUUGUUCAAACACUCGACAUGUUGACCAACCAUUGUUCCGAAUUAGAAGCUCAAGAAGAACAGAUAAAAUUGGAGAACCUCAUUGCCAGGUAUAAAAAUCUUAUACCAACAAUAGAAAUAACAAUGAUAAAGACAGAAACAUACACACGAUGCUACACGUAUCGCAGAGAAGUACACGAAGUUAUUUGUAUUUUGGAAAAUGCCAAACAACAAGCUAUGAUUGAACCAGAACCUCAAUCCUUACAACACGUCGAACAAUUAGUUCUAGAGCAACAGGCAGCCGUACAGAAACUUGACCGCCAACGUCCUUCGGUAAUGUCAAUGUUACAGCGGGGCAAAGAGCUUAUUAAAGAUGCCAAUGCUCCUGCCUUCGUAAGAGAGGAUGUCAGAAACCUUGAAAGUGGUUGGAAUAGCGCCUAUGAAACAUCAAAUGAUAGAUUACAUAAAUUACGUGAUACCCAAAAAGUAUGGUCGAAUUAUGAAUAUCAAAAAGAAGAAUUACUAUCAGACCUAAACAAGAUUGAAAGCUAUGUCGCUCAUCCCGGCUUAGAACUUGGAGUAUCUAAUAUCGGUCGUGAACUCCAAGAAACACGUACACUUAACGCUGAUAUUGAAAAAGCCAAACAGGAAAAACUACCUCAGUUACAACAAGCAUAUGCUGAAUUACGUUCUCUUACUGCUAAUAAGCCCAAACCAGUUAUUGAAAAAGAUUUGGAAACAAUUGAACGUAAGUUAGGUAGAGUACAAGAUGAAGUGCACACCAAAGUAGAACAUCUCGAACAGUUUAAUCAAGAAUGGGUCAAAAUUGAUAAAAAAUUAGAACAUGUUCGAGAAUGGAUUAAAAAGGAGAGCCCGGCACUAUUAUUUCAAAUUCGAUCUGAAAAUAUCACGCCUGAAGACCGCGUUCAAAAAUCACAAGCAUUACAAAACAUCAUUAGUGAAAAACUAGACAUUAUUCGAAAUGUUGCUGAUCAAGGAAGUAAACUAGCUGUUGAACAUCGCAUUCAAGAUGCUAAUAGACUAAAAGGUGAGGUUGCUUUACUAGAAAAAAUGAUGGCUGAUAUCCAAAGAUCCAGUGAACAUCAAACAAAGUUAGUUGAGCUUGAUUUAGCUAGUUGGCAAAAAUAUCAAAAAGGGGUAUCUGAAAUUAAGCCGUGGAUAGAAGAAGCGGAAAUGAAACUAGGUAAUGCACCAAAACCAAUCACAUUAACUGAAGCUCAACAAUUGCAACAGCAAUCAAGAGCUUUGGUAACUGAUUGUGACAAACAGUUAAUGAACCUACAAAUUUUAUCAAGCGUUAGUCAUCAAUUAUCAGGAAAAACUAGUGCUCCCGAUGAAGUUGACGCUAUACAUUCUAGAUGGGCGGUGGUUCAUGAUCUCUCAGAUCAAUGGAACAAUAAAUUAGAUAAACUUGUUACAAAUUGGGAAAACUUUGAACGUGAAGCUGAAAAGUUAGAAUCUUGGAUUGAAAAUGGUGAAAAAUUAUUAAGCAGUCGUAACCUUGCCAUAGAUACGCCACAAGUUGAAAAAUUAGACAGAGAGCUGAAUAAAUUAAAAUCAUUUGGAAAUGAAAUUUCGCAACAGCAAGCAAAGAUUAUUAGUUUAUCUCAAACUUGUGAUAAUAUUUGUCAUAGUAUACAACCAGAAGGAGCAGCUGUAUUGAAAAAUAAAGUAUCUGAUAUAAAACAACGCACGAAUGCUUUAGCUGAAACUGUCAGGACAAGAGUAAAUGAAUUGUCUGAUAAAAUUAUUGUACGUCAAGAGUUUAUGACAAAACUACAUACAUUUGACAGUUGGAUUACCGAUUUUAGAAGAAAAACUGAAAGUUACGAUCAAAUAAGUGCUGAUAAAGUGGAACCAACUUUACAAUCAAUGCAUGUGUUAUCUCAAGAACAUGCAGCUAAGGAACCGGAAUUCACUGACAUCUAUAAUGAAAUAAAAAACAUGACGCUAUCAGCUCAUCCUGAUGAAUCUCGUUCUCUUAGUGAUACUUAUUCAAACAUAGCACAGCAUUAUCAAAUAAUAGAAAAUAAUAUUCAACAAAAUAAGGCUGUCUUACAAAAAUGGUCUGAACUUCUGAAUUGGUACGAAGAUACCAAACAACAGCUUGGUCAUAUUCAAUAUCAAAUUGAAGGCCCUAAAUUAACACCAGAAAGUUACGAAAUUCUUCGUCAAGAACUAGUAAAUACUAUGACUAAAGUUCCUGAAUGGAAAAGUCAUGUAGCAUUAUUAGACGGACCUUCGAGGGUCAAAGUAACAGAUCAGAAUACAGGUAGAAUCAUCUCACCGACGAGCUUAGUUAAAGAAAUAGAAAUGAAAGCCGACGCCUUACUCAAUCAAGUUACAUCUAAGAGGGAUAUUGUCCAAAAAGUUGGCGUUAGAUGGGAUAAAUUUAAUGUUCAACAUAAUGCACUGGCUAAAGUUUUACAUGAUGUUCAGGGUGUUCUAAAUGAUAUGGCUCAAAAGCCCGUUCCUCUUACUGAAGCCACAAUUCAAGAUAUGACUGAACAACUUGAUAAACUUGACGCCGAAUUAAAAGAAAAACAAUCAAUUAGAAAAGAAUUGAGAGAGGAAGGAUUGCAUUUGAUGAGGGAAGAUCAGCCAAAUAUGGGCACAAUACAAAAUGCUCUUUCCACAGCGGAUCACAGUUGGGAUCAAGUUGUCAAUAAUGUUCGUGAUACUAAAAAUAAAUAUAUUCUUCUAUCUUCUACCUUGCAAGAACUCAAAAAUUUUACAGUUGCGUUUGAUAGAGAAAUGAAUAGGGCUGAGCAGUUAUAUAAUGAAGCAAAAGAUGCACCAAGCGAUUACAUACAAACUGCUCAGUCUUUAGAGAAAGCUAAGAAAUCUUAUGAAAUUUUAAAAAGAUCUAAAGGCUUACUAGAUCAAAUGGAUGUUAUUAAGCAGUCAGUUUUAAAACAAGCAUCAACAUUAGGUGGAUUUGACACGAGUCCCCUCGAAGAAGCAUUCCUUCAGUCACAAACUCACUGGGAGAAAGUUAACGAUGCCACAAUUAAAAGAAUUCAAGAUUUAGAGUCUCAACUUAUUGUUUGGAGGCAAAUUGAUGACACUAAAAACCAAGUUAUAUCAUGGCUAAGUGAAACAGGACAGAACUUAUCUAACGCUUGUGACAAUUUGGAGAUAAGAUUUGGUCAAAAUCAUCUAACAAAGUACAAAGAAGAGUUGCCUAUUUAUCUCUCUCUCAAAAAUAGCAUCAAAGCCAAAUGUGAACAAAUUACUAAUUUGAAUAAAAAUAUUCCUCUAGAACAAGUUUCUUCAAUAGUGUCUUACUUAGAUUCUGAAUUUGAAGCUCUUCAAGGAUUAGCUGAAAACUUAGAAAGUGCUGUAUCAUCAUUAGAAUCUAAAGAAAAUAAACUAAAGGAUAAUAUAAAACGUCUUUCAGAUAAAGUAAGUAAGAUUCGUGAUGAUAUCAUUAAAUGUGAUGAUAUGACUGGAGAUAAUGCAAAAAUAUUGGAUAGAUUAAAGAAAUGUCAGUCUUGCAAAGCUGAAUUACAAAGUCUUAGUGAUGAAAUUGACAAUGUAACUCAAAAUGUCUCAGAAAUGAACGCAAACUAUCCUGGAUUUUACGAAUCUUUAGUUCCAAAGGAAUUGAGUACUUUGCAGAAACGGUUUGAAAGUGUACUGUUGCAUGCUAAUAAAACUGAAACAACUCUUCUAACAUUCUUACAAAAACUGUUUACUGACAAAUUGGCGAUGUUCAAUAGGAAUUUGAAAAUUCUUGAUGAUAAAACUAGAUGGUGCAUGCCAGAUGCAAGUAGUGAUAAAUAUAAUUUAGAGGUCAAAGCAGCUGCGUUACUGGAUGUUGAAAAUGGUAUUGAAGAAUGCAAUAAUAAAGUAAAAGAAUUGAAAGAAGCUUGUGAUAUACUAAAAGUAGUUGCGGAGCCAGUUUGUGCUCAAGAAGCAGCAGUACAAACAGAGAAAGCGCAAAAAAAUCUUGAUGUUUUACUAGCUAACCAUAAUGAAAUCAAAAAUAGACUUAAAGAAAAUAUUGAGUCUUGGCAAGAAUACGAAACAUUAUUAGAAAACGUAUCUGAAUGGUUAAAAAACAAGGAAAAUAUUGUAAGACAAGAAGCAGCUCAUCUUCUAAAUAUUAAUGAUAUUGACACUAAAAUUACAGAAAUUAAAAAAAUUCACGAGGAAGUCAAAAACUAUAAUAGCCAAGUAAACACACUCGCAGCUAUUGGGGAAAAUAUUGUGUCUCGAAAUCCUGAUUCCCGCGUACUCCAGUAUAUUAAUCACUUAGUCACACGUUAUCAAACAAUCAAUAAGUUUUUUGAUAAUCAUGUAAAUAGGUUGCAAGAUUUAAAAAAUAAUAAAGGUAAAUAUGAUAAAUCGAUAGCUGAUUUUAAAAAUUGGUUGCAAGAAGCGAAUGGAAAAAUAAAAGACCUAUCAGUAAUGAGUAAACAUGCAAAGCCAAGUAUAGCUGAUUUGGAACAAGUUAAACGACUUAAUGAAAACAAAGAAAUUGGGCAGAAACUUUUGAAUAUUGCCAUCGAAUCUGGUGAAGCUUUAUUUAGUGGAAUUACUCCAGAAUGUCGUGAACAAGUAAGAAAUGAAUUAAGAUCUCUUAGAGAUUACUUUGAAGAUUCUGUUGAUUCGCUUAACAACAUUAUUAAGGACAUUGAAACAACCAUUAACAAACGAUCAUCUUUUGAUGAUACGUUUAAUCAAGUGCAGAAAUGGAUAGCUGAUAAAGAGAAGGAAUUAGGUGAAACUAAAUUAUGCUCUACACUUCCAGAAAAAAAAGCUCAGCUACAUAAUAACAAAAUUAUGCAUCAAGAGGUUGAAUUACAUCAAUCGAUGAUUCAACAGCUAACUGAGAAAAUAAAACUUAUGCCUGAUGAAGAAGCUGAAAAAAGCCUUUCAAAAACAAUUGACCGAUAUAAAUCAAUGUCCAAAGAACUUGAAAACCGAAUCGCUGCUUGUGAAACCCAUGUUGCUGAUCAUGAACAAUAUGUACAGUCGUUUGAAGAAUGCCGUGAUAACCUAAAUCAUAUCAUUGCAGAAAACAGUAUGUUAAACUACGGAUUAGUCACACAAAAAGAAGACGUUGACGCAAAAAUUGCUGCCAUAAGUAAGGUAACAUCAAAAGCCGUGGAAAUUGAAAACCUUCUAAGUGGAUUAAAAUCUCAAUUAAACAAUGUCCUGCAAACCACUAGUUCUAACGGCCAUCCUGUACUUAUUAGUGAAUAUGAACAGCUUCAAAUCACAUGGGACCAAUUUUCAACACAAUGUAAAGAACAAGACAAAAAACUCAAUGAUAUUUUGAAACAAUGGAAUGAGAGUCAAAAAACUCUUGACGAAUUGGAAGAAUGGUUAAAAAUUAAAGAAAGUCAAGUAAGAGACCAAAGUUUGAAAAAUAAUCUCGAAGCAAAAAAAGCUCACUUAGAUAAAGUCAAAGAAAUGAAAAACGAGUUAGCAGCAAGAAGUGCAGAUUUUGCCAAUCUUACAAGCAACAAACAAACUAUUGCAAAUGAAUCUGAUCUUACAAACAAAACAUCAAAGUUAGCAACGAGGUAUCACACUUUGAAUAAUCUGGUUAACGAAAUUAUAUCUAAAUAUGAAGUGUUUGUUUCUGAACAUCAAACAUUUGAAAAUGAGUAUGAACAAAUGGAAAAAUGGCUUAACGGAAUGCUUGGUGAUUUACAAGAUUUAAAUGAGAUUGUAGGUGAUUACGCUGUUUUGCAAGAAAAGCAAAAUAAAGCGAAAGAAUUAUAUGAAACCCGCAACAGAAAGACGCCUGCAUUCGAAGAAUUCUUAAGUCUUGGAGAAAAACUUUACACUCAUACAAGCCCUGAUGGCAGAGAGAUUAUUCGACAAAAAAUCAGAAAAAUUAGAACACUAUGGGAUGCUUUUGGAGACAGUUUCCAAGAAACAGUAAAUAAACUUGAUCAGUGCCUACUACAAUUUUCUGACUUUUCUCUUGCACAAGAACAAUUAACAAAAUGGUUAAAAGACGUUGAAAGAGCUAUGCAACGUCAUACAGAAUUAAAAGCAACUCUAGAGGAGAAAAAAGCUCAGUUGCAAAACCAUAAAAUAAUGCAUCAAGAAAUUAUGACUCAUCAACAAUUAGUCGAAUCAGUAUGUGAUAAAGCACAACAGCUAGUAGAUCAAACUCACGAUGCAUCUUUGAAUGUCUAUUUACAGUCUAUCAAACAACUUUUCCAAAAUAUCGUAACUAAAUCUCAAAACUUGCAGGAUAAUUUGGAAGACUGUGUCAAAAGACACGAAGAUUUAGUUUGUCUUAUUCAACAAUAUAAAGAUUGGUUAGGAUCUCAAUCUGAAAAGUUACUAGAUAUUGAAAAUGCUACAGGUGAAAAACCUGAAAUUAUUCGUAAACUGCACUCAACCGUUAUUUUGAAAGACAUUGAAAAAAUAGGCUUCAGUAAAUUAGACGAAAUUAAAAAUAUCUUCUCAUCUGUCAGUAAAAGCACUUCUGAAGCAGGAAAUCAAGCUAUCAAAUCAGAAAUUGAUAACUUAGUCGGACAACUCCGCAAUGCAGUUGAAAAUAUUGGUACGGCAGAACAAAAACUGAAACAUACAUUAGAUAUUUGGAACAGGUUUGAUUCUUCAAUUGAGUCCAUAACAGAGUGGCUUAAGGAUAUGGAAUCUAAAUGCCGCGAUCAAAGUCUUUGCUCCACGCUGGAAGAAAAAGAAUCACAAUUGAAAAGAUGUGUGGAACUUCGUAAUGAAAUAAACAGUAAAGAGAAAGAAAUUGAUGCCUUUGUUGAUGAAUCACAUAGUCUAAUUCAACUUAGUGGUGUAGAACGUCUAAAACCUCUUGUUACUCAAGUAAGUAGUCGUUAUCAACAGUUACAUUUAAUAUCAAAGGAAAUCGUUAAUCAUAGGUCAGAAUUAGUCGCAGAUCACAGAAAAUAUGUUCAACUUCGAAAUGAAUUUGACGCAUGGUUAAAACCAUUAGAAGAACAACUGUCACAAAUGGUCACAAAAGAAGAUAAGCUUAGUAUAGAAAGUAAAGGAAAUAAACUACAAAGAUUUUUAAUGGAAAAAGACAAUGGUGAACAUAAAAUUGGUAUACUGACUGGUGCCGGAGACAAAGUUCUGCCCGAAACUGCGGCAAACGGAAGAGAAAAUAUUCGAACUGAUAUAAGAGCGCUAAGAGAAAGGUGGGAUAAAUUUAAUGAUACCAUUUUACAACAACAAAAAGAAUACGAGUCUCAAACCUUACAGUGGUCAAGCUAUCAAGAUGUUUUGCAACAAACUUUAUCUUGGCUGGAUGAAAAGGAAAAGAUUGUAGAAUCUGAAGAAAAGAUAGUUCUUAAUUCAGCACAGGAAAUAAAAUCAAAAUUGCUAAAGAAUAAAACAUUACUUCAAGAAAUUUACUCACAUAAACGGGUUAUUGAAACUGUCACUGAAAAGGCUAAAUCUGUAGCAGCCACGUUGCACUCUGGAAAAAAUGAAAGUGACGAAAUGUCAGCAAUAAUUCAGUCUAUCUGGGACAGAUAUAAUGCAUUGACUAAUCGUUUAUCGCAAAUCAUUAGCAAUCAUGAAAAAACAUUUGAAAUAUAUCAACAGUUUGCUGAUCAACAAAAGUCACUACAAGAUUAUCAGAAACAUUUGUGGGAUCGUUUACAUUUACUUUCCGAUUACACUGGAAAUAAAGCUGCUUUGCAAAGUAAACUAAAUAAACUCCAAGAAUUGUUGGACGCCACUCCAACUGGUAACAAUAAAUUGAAGAUUUUGGCAGAUCUUAUUGAAAGUAACUCUUCAAAACUAUCUCCAAGAGGCAAAGAAGGAAUGUCACGUGAAAUGGCACUUUUAAAAGCUGAUUUGGAGAAAUUUACAGCUACAGUACAUGACGUUAAACGGGGAAUAGAAGAUAAAAUUCAACAAUGGAUCGAAUUUGAGAGCGCUAAUGAACGGUUACAGAAUUGGUUAAGUGAUACUGAAAUGAGCUUGAAAACGUAUACUCCAAAGGCUACCUUGGAAGAAAAAGUUGAUCAACUGAACAAAUAUCAGGAAUUGUGUAAAACGAUUGAUAAUCACGACAAUGAUUUGACCGCUGCCAUAAAACUUGGCGAAGCUUUGGAUCAAGCUAUUUUGUCUAAUUUGAAGAAAACCGAAAAUGAUGUUGAUAAGCUUACUGAUGAAUUUAAUGACCUUAUUGAAAACUGUAAUGAUACGAGAAUUACCAUGAAUUUACAACAAAUGACUUCACGUUUCCAAUCUAUACAAUCAACAGCUAAAGAACUUGUCAAGAAAUGCGAACAAGCUGUAAAUGAUCAUAAAGCUUAUCAAGAAAAAUAUAAUCAAUGCACUGAAUGGAUUAAUACAGCGCAACAUAAAUUUGAGGAAUGUAAUAAAAAUUUGGCAAACACUCCUGAAGGUAUUAGCGCCAAACGUGAAAGUUUGAAUGAUUUGCUUAGUCAGCGUAGAAAUGCAACUCUUUUAGUAAAUAAUACAUGUGAAUUAGGUGAAAAAUUAUAUCCAUCUACAUCGCUGGAAGGAAAAGAAAUAAUAGAGCAACAACUUCAAGACAUUCAGCAAGCAAUUGAUAAUUUGUAUGAAAAUAUAACAAAAGCCGAGAAAAAUUUAGACUCUGAAUUAAACAAAUGGUCAUCGUUUGAAGAUAACUUAAAGAAUGUCCAGCAAUGGCUUUUAACUGCAGAAAAAAAUCUACCCAAGGAAAUAGAGUUAAGAGCAACUUUAGAUGAAAAGCGAAAUCAGCUUAAUGUUUAUAGGUCAUAUCUUCAAGAUGCUUUUGCACAUCAACAAGAUAUUACUGACUUAGAAGCUCGUGCUCAAAGCUUACCUGAUGUUACCAAGAAUAUUACUAAAGAAAUCAACCAACUUAAACAAAGACAUGAAACUGUACUUAGCAGGGCAAAAUCCUUUGUAGAGCAAUAUGAAGCAAUUGUAAAUAAUCAUCAGCAAUACACCAAAGCUGUUAUGGACUUACAAGAGUGGGUUGAAGCCACACACAAUACAGCAGAGUUAUGGGGUGAUGUUAAUUUGGAACGUGUAGCACUGAGCAGCAAUUGUGAAAAAUUAAAAUCUCUACAACUUAGUCUACCGGAAGAAAAGAAUCGUAUUGACAAAAUCCGAUUAUUAGGUGAGAAGGUUCUCCCUGGAACAAUCAGUAAUGGGCAGGCUAAUAUCAGAAACCAAAUAGACUCGUCACAUCAAGAAUGGGAAGGUCUUGUUUCAUUUAUAAAUAAAACUAUUGAAAAUUUAGAGAAUAAGAUCCAGCAAUGGAAUGAAUACGAAAACAUGAAAGAUCAAUGUUUGGCUUGGAUUAGAAAUACUGAUAAUCAAAUUCAUGCAGUUGAUUUAAAAGCUACACUACCCGAAAAACAAGAACAAUUCAAAAAAUUCCAGGAAUUGCAGGGAGAAGUUCGUGCUAAAGAACUUGAAAUAGAUAAUAUUACUGAAAAAGCACAACAUUUGUAUACAGGUGUUCUUGGGCCUAGGGGAUUACAAAUAUCUGAUUUAUCAAUGAAAUAUCAAAACCUCUCUCAGAAAAUUAAAGACUUGACUAAUAGAUGGCAACAAUAUGUUAAAACUCAUCAAGAAUUUGCCAGUAAUGUUUCUGCAUGCUCUCAAUGGAUUGAGGAAUUAAGAGACAAAUUAGAUUUCUGUGCUGAUUUAAGUUCCAGUUCUCAGGAUGACUUAGAAACUAAAUUGGUACUGAUCCAAAACUUGUUGCUAACAAAGGAUGAAGGUUUUACAAAAGUACAGUCACUUGUAGAGCUUGCUCAAAAUGUAAUGGCUAAUACUGCACAAACUGGUCACGAAGCAAUAAAUAACUCACUCAUCACUUUACAAGAGCAAUGGGCUGCUUUGUUAUCCAGAAUUAUUGAAACUAAAAGUAUGUUAGAUGACUCUGUAACAAAAUGGGCCGGAUUUUUGGAACAAAUUCAGCUUAUCGAAAAAAGUAACAAUUGGCUAGAAAAUAUGUUGGCUGAGCUAUCGCCAUUUGAAACGUCCAUGACAGAUAAACGCGUUCAACUGGAAAAAUUAAAAGAAGUUGAGGAAAAAGCUCGUUGUGAUCGCCUUGAUGUUGACAUGCUUAAAGCAAAAGCUUCAGAAAUGAUUGCAAGUGGACAACAAAAUCAAGUCGCAUCAAAAGCGCAAGAAACAUUGAAUAAAUUCGACACACUGUAUGACAAAAUCAAAAAACUACUUGCCGAUCGUGAGGAGCAGUACAAAGAUCAUAGACUAUACAAAGAAGCUCAUGAUGAACUUAUACAGUGGUUAGGUAGAGCUAGGGAAAAAGUGCCAUCUUUGAAAUCAAAGCCUCUUAGCGAUAAAUUAGCAAUAGAGAACUCUGUGGCUCCACUAGAUGCGCUCAUAAACAAACAAGCACAAGGAGAGCUUCUCCUUGAACAUCUUCAGCAUACUGGAGAAGUGGUUUUAGCUAGCACAUCGCCAGAAGGUCAAACAAUAAUAAAAAAUGAAAUGAAAGCAUUAAAAGAAAGUUUUGAUGACCUAUUUAAUGAAAUCAAACAACAAAAAAAUCAGUUAGAAGAAACUGUUAAUCAAUGGCGCGAAUAUAAAGAUGAAUAUGAAAGACUUUCAGAUUGGUUGCAACAAAAAGAAAUUCUUAUCAAGAAUCAUAAAUUGGCAUUGCUAGGUUCUGCAAAAGAAAAAGGUGCGCAGGUAAAUGAAGUGAAAGAAAUUGUUAACCAAUUAAAUAAAGGCAAAGAAGAAAUUGAAAGAUUUAAUGCUUCUGCAGCUGGACUUCUUGCAUCACAUUUGGAUACUUAUGUCAAUAAUCAGUUGAGGCACCUCAAUUCUAGGUAUCAAGUUCUUGUUAAUAUGGCUAACGAUGUUCUAAAGAAAGUAGAGACAAAUUACGAACAGCAUCAAAAUUAUGAUGAUAACUAUGCAAAGACUAAAAAAUGGAUUGAUGAUGCUUGGGAAAUCACUCGCAGUGGUAGUGAAGCCGGAAGCAAUAGUAGCAAGGAAGCCCUUCAAAAACGGUUGGAACAAAUCGAGGAUUUAUUAAAGAGAAGGGAAGAAGGACAAAACUUGGUUCAUGCUACAGUUAAUAGUGGAGAAAAAGUUCUCAGAAAUACAAGAUCAGAUGGCAAAGAUAAAAUAAAUACAGAACUCAAGGAGUUGCAAAAUGAAUGGGACCGUUUAGUUAAGAAAAUGACAACUGCAAAAGUUCAUUUGGAAACUGCGCUAUUACAGUGGGCUGAUUAUAGUUCAAGUUAUUCGCAACUUCAACAAUGGAUCUCAGACAGAGAAGCAAAACUACAAGAAGUGUGCGAGCAAAAGGUCGCUAAGUCCAAAAAAGGUCAAGAUCGCUUAGCUGGCCUCACUACUGGUCUAAGUCUUGGUGAAAGAAAAGCCACGCUUCGUCAAACAAACAAUAUUGUACAAGAUAUCGUUUCGUUUGAACCCAUGAUACAGUCCGUAACUUCUAAGGCUUCAGAACUUAUGCAACAGGCACCAGCGUCUGAAAUCACUAGCAAAUAUGAAACUCUAUCUAAACAAGCUAAAGAUUUAUAUGAGAAACAAAAAGAAGCUGUUGAACAACAUCAAGCUUUCAUAGACGCUGGAUCAGAUUUUGUCCAAUGGAUAAGAGCUGCUAAAGAAAAAUUAGGAAAGUGUUCUGAUGCAACAGGAGACAAGGAAUCAUUAAGCAGUAAAAUAUCACAACUAAAAAUCCUUGAAAGUGAAUUGCCAGAAGGUCAAGUUAAACUACAAAAGGCUCUAGAACAAGGCGAGAUAUCAUGUGGCGUAGCAGAUGAUGAAGAUAGGGAAGAAAUCGAGGAAGAAGUAGCUCUUAUGCAAGAGGAAUACGAUACAUAUGUAGAGCAAUUAAAUAAUACCAAAGCUCUUAUUGAAGGAGGUAUUGUAAAGUGGACAGAAUAUGAAGAGCAAUACAAGGAAGCCUUGGAUUGGUUGUCAAAGACUGAAAAAUUAGUGCAAUCAUUUAAUAAAUUGCAAAAUAACUUGGAACAGAAAAAAGUCGUCCUUGAAGAAUUCCAGGGACAUUUGCAGAUGUUAUUUGACUGGCAAGCUGAGCUUGAUAAGCUCAAUGUGCAUGCACAAACAUUGUUAGAAACUUGUGCUGAUACAAGAAUAUCGAAUGGUAUUACUCAGUUAACAACAAAAUACAAUGCAUUGUUAUCUUUAGCUAAAGAAGAACAUCAACAACAUAAUGCCCUUUACGGUGAGUGUCAAGACUGGUUGGACAGAACUCGUGAAAAACUUAACCAAUGUGCUGAGAUACCAAAUACCUUGCCAGAAGUAAAUAGUAAAUUGAAUACUGUAAAACUGUUACGGCAGUCUUUGGAACAAGGACAAAACAAAUUGAGGUAUCUCUUGGAGUUGAAAGAGAAAGUUAUUAUGAAUACAGAACAAACAGGGGCAGCGAAGAUUCAAGAAGAUACGGAUAACUUAAAACAAGAAUUUGACAAAUUAAUUGCUGACCUACAAGAUGUUCGAAACAAAUUGAUGAGUAGAGCUGCACAAUUCGAUGAUAUUUCUAAGAUUCACAAGCUGUUGGUUGAAUGGUUAGAUGACAUCGACCAAAAGAUACAGUCUGAUGACUCUUUAUUGAAUGAUCUAUCUGAAAAGAAAGCGAAACUGGAAAAGUUCAAAACUUUCAAUCGGGACAUUGAUUCUCAUAAUGAUUUUAUUAAGAAAUUAAAUGAGAAAAUUCAAGAAGAUGCAUCUUUGAAAUCAAAAGAUAUUGAAGACACUCUGAAGCGUUAUGAUGAUAUCAGAAAGACCGUAAAUGAAAUGAUUUCAAAACUUGAAGAAUACGUUAACUCUCACAUCCAAUAUAAAGAAUCAUAUGACAAUUUUUAUGACUGGAUACGUAAUUGUAAAAUAGAAAUUCAGCAGUGUUCAGAUUCACAUGGAGAAAAGGAAGAGGUACAAAAGAAACUUAAAAAUGUUAACGUCAUUAUCGAAUCCUUACCUAAAGGAGAGGCACUUCUAAAGAAAACAAUUCAACUUAGUGAAGCGGUACUAAAAACAACUGGAAAUGAAGGAAAGGAUAACAUAAACCAAGAAAUCAAGCAGUUACAGAUUGAAUGGGAAAAUCUUCAGCAAAUUUGUAGGGAUACCAAAAAAUUAUUGGAAAAAUGCCUGUCUGCUUGGUCAGAUUUCAUAGAAACAUCAGACAAAAUGAGUAAAUGGGUUAAGGAAUUUGACAACAAAUUGAAAUCCGUCCAAAAAGUAGAUAAGAUUACUCCUGAACAUCUUGAUAAAUGUCGGGAAUUAUUGACUGAAGCUUUAGGACACAAGCAUGUAUUGGAAGAACUGAAUGACAGAUGUGAAAAUCUAAUGGAACUUAGUGCUUGUGCUUGGGUACGGGAUAAAACUGUCAAUUUGCAAACAGAAUAUACUGCAUUGCUUACCAAAAUUCAAGGUCUUGUUUCAAAUGGAGAAAAGAAUCUAUCAGACCAUACGGAAUUCAUAAAAGCUAAACAGGACUUGCAACAAUGGCUCGAAACAGCACAUGGAACCGUACAAGACUCGAUUGGGGUAGGCGACAUCGAAACAACUAAAGAUAAGCUUGAAACGAUUAAAUUAGUUAGCAACAGAAUGACAGAAGGUCAUCAUUUAUUGGUAGUAUUGCAAGAAGCAUUCAAAAAAGCACUCAACAAUACUCCACCAGAAGAGCAAGAUAGUUUGCGAAACGAUGUUACCCUUCUACAAGAAAGUUGGGACCAACUGAAGAUUGACUUAAACUCCAUCACUGCACAACUCAAAGCUGCUAUUGGUAAAUGGGAAGACUUUGAAGAUUCUAAGAAUAAAUUGAAUCAAUGGAUCAUGGAUACCGAACAAAACUUGGACAAAGUUCCAGCCACUGGUGGAGAACUAGGAGAGAUGAAGACAUUAUUAGAAAAAUAUAAACACAUUGAAGAAGAAAUAGAUAAUAAGAAACCAGAAUUAGAAAGAUUAAAAAGUGAGGCAGCUGAAUUGAGUGGAUGGGCCAAAAAUCCUGCAGUAAAAGAAUCAGUAACUGAAAUUGAAAAGAAGUGUGAUGCUUUGCGUGCUAAAUGUGUAGCAAAGAAAGCCGAGUUGGAGUCGGAAAUAAAAGACUACAAUCAAUAUCAUCAAUCAUUACAAGAUACCGAGAAAUGGUUGCUUCAAAUUUCAUUCCAACUUAUGGCUCACAAUUCUUUAUACAUUUCAAACAGGGAGCAAACUGAAGAACAACUGGCUCAGCAUGCUGUAUUAUUGGACGAUAUUCAGAAAUACAGAUCGACUCUGGAUGAGUUAGAAGCUAAGGGUAAAGCCCAGAUUGAACGUUAUGAAGCUACUACGGUUUCUAUUAAAGACACUGUAGGCAAACAACUGAAGAAUGUUAACGACAGUCACAAAUCUUUACUUGCCACUGCAUUACAAAUCGAACGCCGACUUAGGGAGGGAUUAGCUAAGUUUAAGGAAUAUGAAGAUACUCUUGAAAGUAUUUUGAAUAAUCUGGAUGAAUGUGAGCCUGCCAUCACAGAACUAGAUGUGCCUGUCGAUGGUUUGUCACAUGGUCGAGAAUUAUUAGAUAAAGCUAGGGCCCUCCAUAACCGACUACAAACAGAGAAGAGUCGUUUAUCAGCUGCAGUAGCAGCUUGUUCCGCAGCUGCUGCUUCCGUUUCCAGACCUUCAUCACCAGCUGAUACAGCACCAUUACCGAUUCCAGCACGUGAGCUUCAUGUUAGAGCGCGCCUAGAAGAUCUCAUCGAUCAGAAACAUGUGAACGAAGUUGGCAGUGCACCGCGCAUCGACGCUAUUAUUAAAAAUUUAGAAGCACCAGAAUUCAACAAUAAACUGAAGGCUUUUGAACAGAGGGUACAAAGCCACCUCGAAACUCUUGGCGACGCUGUUCAUAGUAUGGAAGAAUCCAUGAAACAGGUUAUCGAAAUUCAAGAAUGGAUCAAUAUCCACAACGCUCUUGUCCGUGAUUGGCUUGCAAAUCCGUCUAAGUUGCGACCCGAAGCAGCUAAACAAGACAUGGCAGCCAUGAGUGAUGCAUUAGUUUCAUUAGGAGAGAAGAGGAAUAGGCUGUUGACUGAAAUACCAACUGAAGGCUUAGAAGAUGAAUUGAAUCUAGAAGAUGACUUGGACAACCUAGAGGAGUCGAUUGUAAAAGCAAUUGAAAGAGAAAAAGGCAAUCAAGGUAUAAUUGACGAUUUCCGCCACAAGUGUCAAGAAAUUCACGACUGGUUUGACUCAGUUUUGAAAAAAAUGUGUUUGGCAGACAAAGGUUCUGGCCUUCCAUGCCCGCAAAAACUAACUGCUUUAAAAGAGUUGUCGGCAGAAUUUGAUCAAACAGGAAAAGAUAGGGUUGACGGUAUUAAGACAGUUGGUUCACAAGUUAUCAAUAUUGUUAGCAAUCUGGAGUCUCAACAAGUUGAAGAACAAAUGAAAUCGGUUGAACGACGAUACAAUGACAUAGCCAAACGCAUACAACGUAAAUUACAUAUGCUUGAGAUAACAUAUAAUGCUAUUGAUGGCACAAAGAGUGAAGUUAAUGCCCAAAAUGAUUGGAUGCAAAAAGAAAUAGACAAUAUUUUACACCCGGAACCUUUAGGUUAUGAAAGUAAAUCAGUUAAAGAAAGGCAAAAGAAGGUUGCUAAUUUGUUAAAAGAAACUGAUGGCAAGAAAACUGUAAUUGAUUCUUUAGAAAAGAAAGUAAGUAACAUUCAAUCUGAAUUGGAACCAUCAGAGCAAACGCAACUGGAAUCAGAACUGUCUGAACUAUCAUCAAAACAAAAACAAUUAACUUCUCUAAUAAAACAAGAAAUUGAGAGACUUGGUAGUUGUACUGAAGAUAGAAAGAAAUUAGAAAAUGAUAUUGAAAAGGCUAAGAAUUGGUUAAAGACCAAGCUUGCUGAAAUUAAGAAGUUAGGUGGACCUGUACCUCUGGAGGCUACUAAAGUUGAAAAAGAAAUAGCAAUUCAUAAAAAGCAUCAAAGUGAAUUAACUGAUUUCCAUAAUGAUAUACUAACUGAGGUAAUACGCCAAGGUAAUUCUGUAUCUAAAGACUGUUCAGCAGAAGAUAGAGCUAAAUUGCAAGCAAUUUUAGAAGAUCUAAAUAAGAGUUAUACUUCAGCCAAAGUCGAUAUCGAUGACAAGCUUUCUGCGUUGAACAAAUUAUUACAUGGACGAAACGAUUUUGAAUCUGAAGUUGCAAAGUGCCAGAGUUGGUUAAAUGAAGCAGAAGUAGCCGCAACUCCAGAACUCCGAACGACAAGCUUGCAACUUUUAGAGGAACAACUAGCUAAGUUUGAAAAGUUAAGUAAAGAAGCAGAAGAGGUUGGUAAAAAUAUAUCCAAAAUAAAGGACAAAUCUAAAGAUAUUAUGGAUACACUCUCAGAUUCUAACAAAUUGCAACUUAAAGAACAGGUUAAUAUACUAUCCGAUAAGUUUGCAAGAAUCAAUGCUAUCAUUAAUGAUAAAAAGAACAUAUUAUUAAAACAUAUUAAGGAAUAUAAAGACGCUGCGGCUAAGAUAGCAGCAGCUUUAGAAUUCUUGAAUGAAAUUCAAAAUAAACUAAAAGCCCUAAACAAACCCAUAGGCAGUAAAGUAGAAGACGUUCAGCCCAUUAUUCAGGCCUAUGAAUCGAUUCUUUCUGAUCUGAAAAAGAACAAAGCCAUGCUAAAUGAAUUACAAGGUGGCAAUCUUCACGAUCUACAAGAUAUUCUCACAAAACAAGAUGAUCUUAUGGAUACUAUUGAAGAUCAAAUUUCGAAACUUAAGCAAUUGCUCUUGUUACGAGAACAGUUCUUUGCCCUUGUGAAAGAAAUUGAAGAAUUCAUUUCUAAGUAUACUGAAGUGACUGCCGAUAUAGAAAAAUCUAAUGAUUCAUUAGAAGAUAAAAUAAAACGAUAUGAUGAUAUCAUUGGCAAAAUUCAAGGCUGCGAAGCUCUCUUAGCUACUGCUACAGAUAAAGGUCAACAAAUCGCUGCAGAAGGCACUGUAAUUGAUAGGAACAAUAUAACAGAGUUACUUCAAUCAUUAAAACAACAGCUUUUAACUUUGAGAAGAACAGUAGAGUCAAAAAGACAAGAACAUGAACGAGCAGCAGCAGAACAUAAGAAACUUGCUUCAGAUCUAUCUGAAAUUUUACAAUGGUUACAUGAUAACGAAGCUUUAGUACAUUCUCGUCCACUCCUCAAUAGAGAUGUAGCUAGUGUUGAUAAGAAACUAAUUGAACAUGCUGCUUUGGCCAAAAAUAUUCAGUUGUACCUUGAUAAAUUAGAAAAAAUAACUGACGUUAUUAAAAAUGAUGAUGGCGUUCCCGGAUCGUUGUUAGAAAUGGUAUCAGAAGGAAACUCUCUCAAAACUUCCCUUCCAGCUGAGCUGACUAACAGAGAAAAAUAUUUACAAGACAAUAAGAAGAACAGGCAACAAUACCUUCAAUUAGUCGAAAAAUUAAAUAUAUGGGUAAAUGAAGCUAAUAUUCGUCUCGACAUGGGCAAAAACGGUACUGAUUUUGAAAACAUUGAAGCUGAUUUGGAAGAGCAUAAGUCAUUUUUUAAUGCUUCCGAACCAGAAAUGAAGGAUUUAGUCGGAAAGCGUAUGCAGGACAUUGUAGACAAAAUUUGGCCGUCAUUAGCAGCAUCAGAACAAGAAGAGUUAUCAAAAGAUCAUCAAAAGCAUAAUCAAUUGUUAAAGAAUACAUUAAAUUCGGCGAAAUCUCGUCUAGCUCAGUUAGAACAGGACUUGGAGAUUUGGAAAGAUUUUUGUCAAUUGGUAGAUAAGAUCAAAGCUAUGUUGGAUAAGAACGAUAUCAAAGACGAGCCUUUCACUACGUUAGACGAGCUGCGUAUGCAUCUAGAGAAGCUGAAGCACGCAAAGAAUGACUUAGAGAAUCAGCAGCCACUCUUGGACGUGGUCCGGGAGCGUGCUCGCGAACUCUGCAGCGGCGCGGACGCAGCCAGCGGCGAACGCGUCGAGCAGAAGACCAGGGAACUAGCCGACCGAUGGAACAUCACCUGUGAAGGCUUGGCUAAGCGUGCGGCGACGGAAGAUCACCAGUUACAACGCUGGACGCAAUUGCUGGACGUGCAGAGAAGCCUUACCGCUUCCAUCACAGCUGCAUCAGACCGGCUCAGGCAACUUGACGCCACACCUACUACUAGGAGACGAGCUCUAGACAUCAGGCAUGCUCUUCAGGAACUACAAACUGACGUGGCUAGCCUGGAGGACACCAGAGAUGAACUAUUAGAACAUGCAGACUUCAUAGUUAACCUCCUGAAUACACACUCUCAAGAAGUGGCUGAAGAUACAGACGGAAACGUCAAAGAGCUUGUGGAGAACUAUGAGAAAUUGCGAAAGACUAUUGCGGCGAGGCUCGCGGAGAUAGACACGAUCAUUUCUGAGUUCGACCGAGUGUCGGAGAAGAUAGACGAACUCCGACAGUUGAUCGACGUGUCUAUUGCUAAAGUGAAGACUUUCUACGUCUUUGGCGAGGACGAAACGGGGGGUGUGCGUGCACUUGCAGAAGAAGUUUCCGAACUAGUUCAACGUACAAAAAAUUUCACUGAAGAAAGCAGAAAGCGGUACAGUGGAUCUGCACCUGCUGACGUAGCUCAAGAGCUGUCAGCUUUAGAAUUGUCUUCUGAAGCGUUGGCGGCAGCAAUGGAAGAGAAAGAAAGGGAAUGGAAACGUGCGCGCACAGCUCGAUCUGAAUAUGCAACAGACGUAGAAGAUGUGCAAGCGUGGAUCAGAGCUUCUGAAUUGACAGCACGAGACCGCACUUUACCACCUGAACCCUAUAAAGAGCGCCUGGUGGCAACUAGAUCUGAAAUACCAAAUAUUGCCGAUCGAGUGGAACGAUUGACACGCAAUGCACGUUCGAUUGUGGAAGGCAGUCGCGAUGCUGGAGAAAGACAACUUGUACAAUCGACCGUAACAGCACUCUCAGAACAGUUUGCUGCAGUAUGUAGUGAACUUGAAACAAGACAAGCUGCUAUCGAAGACGCUUGUGAUGCUGUUGCCAGAUUCCUUGCACUUCUUGAAAAAGUCCUCCUUUGGGUUGAGACACAACGUGCAUUCCUAGCGCGGCCAUUGCCUUUGGCCGACUUGCAGGAGGCGCAACAGAAACAGACUGAAUAUGGGAACGCACUGAAAAGUUGUAAGCAGCAAGCUAAGAAUUUAGCAGAUAUGGCAAAAGAGAUAGAAGCGAUAGAGCGUGUAACAAGUUCAGGAGAUCUCCCAUCGAGACUUGAAGCGGCUGAGAACUCCACAGUUGAUGUUGAAAAACGACUAGCGAAGACAAAUGGCCUACUCCAAGAACUUGCAGAAGAAUGGGAGAGAUGCGAGAAGAAAUUAAAAGAUGCCGGACAUUGGCUCGAAGCUACCGCAAGAACCCUCGAGACGCCCCAAAACGCUAAGAAACCAUUGCGGGACCGUCUGGCAUUGCGGGAAAAGCUCAUUAAUGAUAUUUCGACACAGAAAACGAAGAUAACUUAUGCAGUCGAGAAGCUGAACGUACACUUCGGUCCAGACGGUGUAGCAGCAGAUUCACGAGGGCCAGAAGGUGUAGAGGCUAAUGCUCGAGCACUGAGCGCGUCCUUGGACGCUCUUAGUGCACAAACGUCUGCCCAAGCGUUGGCUCUUGGCGCAGCUCUAGCACAAGUAGACGCGUAUUGCGCUGACGUUGCGCUUCUACGUCAACAACUGCUUCAAGCUGAGCAGCAACUGCGCCACGCUGCGCAGCCCAACUAUAGCCCGCGCGAACCGGAGCGCGCGCAGAAACAUCAACAGGAAGUCAACCGGCGUAUCGAUGAGCUGACACGGGUUAUCUACGAGCUGGACCCGUACUUCGUGAUGCCGGCGACAGCUAGCGAGCUGGACGAGCCGGUGAGGACUCUGAGCAUGCUCGUGUCCACUGGUGACAGCGCUCGUGCAAGGCGCGCGCGCUCGCCGCAGCGGCGCGCCCGCAGUCCCGCUUGGCUGCUUGCCGGCACCACCUACGCCGAGAUAGUCAAGGGCUAUGGCUCAAGAUCUAGUUCAUUUGGAUCUAGACAACCUAGUGCUCAGCGACCUGACUCUCAUAGACAGCCCAGCGCACAGAGAGAACAGAGUGGGUCAAGAGAGUUUAAAGAGAAAGAUAGUCCACCGAAGGAUGUGUAUACAUGUGCUAGUGAAAAAAUUAGUGUGACUGUUCAGUCUUGUGUGCAGUGUAAUCCGAUAGAGGAUAUGACUUUCGAGCCCAGCGGCGGAUAUAGUGAGUCUCGUGAAUGUGAUAGCGUUAGUGAAAGUGAACGUUAUAGACAUGAGUGUAUGAAUGACUAUGUCGAUGAUUAUGUCACUCGUAAUGUACCAGUAAUGAAAGAAACUUGCGGAUAUUAUGCACCAUCUUCUCACGAAGAGUCAAGCUCUGAAAAUCAAACGUUCAAAUUACCAAAACCAAAAAGUCACACCGAGUUGGAAAAUAUACCAUCCUCUACUUUGUUGGAAUUGACUCCUUCAGAAAGAGUAACAAGAACUAGUAGUCCAGCAGCAAAAUAUCGCUCACAAGAUCUCUCCUAUGCGGAAAUAUUAGCACUAGGCUUGCGUAAACAAGUUAAAACACAUAGUGUUGCAACACUCCCUAAACCACAAGUUGCACAAGUAGAAUUAAUGAAAGAAAUAGUUGUGGAAAGUACUGAAAUUCAACCUAUCCAAUAUACGGAAUCGGUAAUUGAUCGGAGAGAAACUUUAAAUACUAAGCGUGAUAACCAAGAGAGACCAUCGCAGCGCAGUCGAUCAAGAGAUAUGCCGAGACAAAGACGUGCUCCAGAAAAACGACCAUCUAAAGCACAUGACACUCAGGGAACUAAAAAGAAAAAAACGGUUAAAAAAGUUAUUGAAGUACAAGACUUUGACGACUCUAACGAAACUCUACAGCCAGUGGAAAUAAUUCCUACAGCAUUGCCUACAAAGAUAGAUUCUCCAAAGAAGGAGUUAACUAAAAAAAUUCAGCACAGUGCUACCAUAGUUGAAACAGUAGUGGAAAAUGUUGGUACCAUGCCACAACAAAGCGAUAAAAUAAAUAUUGAAGUUGAAUCUAAGAAAUCCAAAAAGAAACAUAAAGCUAAAAAAGGGAAACCAGCCGAAGAUGAGAUUCAAAAAGCUUUAAAAGAAAUCGAAGAAUCUGAUAAAAACAAAAAGAAAAAGCCUAAAGAGUCUCGUGACAAGAGCAAAGAAAUGGAGAAACAUAGUGUUGAUGAAAUAGUUUACCCUGUUGGGGAUAAAAAUAAACAUAUGAUUGACCACAAAGGUGACAUUAAAAAGGAACAGCAAUGUGCAAAGCAAUACACGGACGUAUCUUCUGAUACAUUCGCAAUUAGUACGCAGGAAACUGAGACUAUUAAUCAACCAGAUAUUGAUAAUAUUAAAAGAGACACUUUAGAAAUGACCACAAAAUAUAAGGAAAGUGACAAUAAUUUAAAUGCUACUAUACCAAUAAAAAUACCGCCAAAGGACUCACAUCCUUCAAAAAGUAAGAAAAAGAAGUCGGUUAAUAAGUUGAAAUGCUCUGAAGUUGCAAAAGAUAAUGUUUUAUCUGAAAGUUUAGAUGCGGAGCCUAAAACAAAGAAAAAGAAGAAAAAUAAAAAUUCUGACGAUAUUCAAAAUCAAAAACAAAUGUUAUUUGAAACAGCUGAUACUAUAGAAAUUCCAAUUUCGGAAGACAUUAAAGUAAUAGAACCAAUUUCUCAAGAAGUUCCAACAAUCGUUGAGCAAGUUGAAGAAUUUAAGCCUAUAUCAAAGGACAUCGAACCAAAUCAAUGUUUCGAAGAAUCUAUCUCUGCUCAAGAUCUAGUUUCAUCUGUUGACAUAGAUAAACAAUAUAGAACAAGCAGUGUCUCUGAAAACGUGAAUACUCAAAAAAAGAAAAAGACAAAGCCGAAGAAAAAUAAAAUAGAGGAUAACGAAGUUGAAAAGGCUUUACAGGAAAUUGAAAAACUUGAAUCACAUAAAAAGAAAAGUAAAGAAAGACAAGGAAAAGCAAAACAUGAAAAAAAUAAGGAAACCACUAAUUUAGACACAAUAACAUUCAACAAGACUGUGAUUUCUUGUGAUGAACAUAUAAUCGAAAAAGAUUUUGACCAAAAAUUAGACGCAUCUAUAAGAUUAGAGAAUGUAGAAAACAAAUUAGUAUCUGUAGAUUGGAAUGAUUUAAUUGCUGAAGAAGAAAAUGUUAACGAACCAAUUUUGAUAGCAAACGAAAAUGCAAGCUUUGAUCUUUGCAAAAAAGUAGAGCAAGCUUCUGAAGUAAUUAUAUUAAAAGAAGAUAAAAAAAUAAUUAGUGAAGAAGUCUCGUCAGUAAUAGAUGGCACAGCAGACUCAUCGUUUACUAUAAAUCAAUCAGAACCAAUUUGUAGAAAAUUAUCAAUAGAUACUGAACUGACAGAUAUACAACAAGAAACUUCUACAAUAUCAAGCCUUCCUAGUGAGCAGAAUAAUAAUGACAAAUAUUUCUCAGCCGAACCACUGAAAGAUAAUUCAAUCAGAUUUAUAGAAGAACAAUCUAGUUUCCAAGAUAUUCCGAAAGAAGCUGAGACGCGUACUAUAUAUUUAAUAACACACGAAGAGAAAAAAUUGCCACCGAUAAGGACCGUCAAAGUAUUUAGUAGCAAGAGUAAUUCUCUAGAAGAUACAUCUCCAAUUGAUGAAAAUAUUAGUUUCAUUAAUGAUGAGAAAAAAAGCGACAAAAUCACUGAUGAAAAGUCUUCCAAUAUUAAUAAAAAAUUAGAUGAACCUGUUGGUAGUAACACACAUAUUUUAGCUGAUAGUAACAAAAAUGAUAUCGAAAACUUUUUAGAGAAUGAAAAAAGACUCACCGAAAAAGCAUUACAAGAGAAAUUGGAUGACAGAGAACCAUCUUUAUAUUUAGAUUUAGAAUCACAAAUAAAACCACACUAUGAACAACAUGGUGAUACGAUGAAAGCAUAUAAUUUGCAAAAUAUUGCUGAGGAUAUAAACAGUCCAUGUACUGUAAUCGUUGCACAAGAUAACGUAGGUGAAUUAGGAGCACUUGGAAUAUCACAAGAGACAGUCACAAAUGAAAAUAUAUUAGAAGAAGCCAUAUUCGGAUCUGUACAAGAUCGCAAAAAAAUAUCUUCUGGAACAGUUUCUACUAUCCCAUAUACACAACUAGUUGAAGAAUCAAAAAAAUACUCCCUUGAAAUGGAUAUGAAUGAAUUAGAAUAUAACUAUUACCAAUUCAUUAUAAAAUCUAAUAAACAAAAGCAACCAAGUAAUGAACUUUCGUUGGAAAGAGAAAAAGAAAAUCAAGAAACUAUGAAUGACGCAUUUAUAAAAAAUAACUUAUUGAGUCAGAUUUCACUGGAAAUAACUGAGCCUCUGCUGAAUGAAAAAAAAUUAGGGACAACCGAUGUUGAAUUACGUGAUGCAGAACAAAUAUUUGAAAAUAUGAUAGUAGCGCACGAAACUCAAACAUACAAAGAUGAAAAUGUGAAAAACAAAGAUGAAGAUAUUAAAUUACAAACGGAAAUUCCAAUUAUAGAAACAAAAGAAGUUUUGGAAACUUUUCAGAAGAUCGACCAUGUUUGUCAAGAAAACCAGGAAUCUUCUGAAGCUAAGCAGUCUGUAGUUAAUUUAUUAAUCGACGAAAAAAACAUAAUCAAACAUAAUCAUCAAGAUAUUAAAGACGGAGAAAUAGCUCUCGCAAUUCUAGCUGAGAGAAAGCUAAAAAGUGAACAACAAAACACGGAUAAUGACCAUCAACAAAUAAUAUAUAGUACUGACAAAAGCCCUGACAAAUUUCUAUCAGAAAGUUGUAACCAAAAAAUUAAUGAAUACAUGCAAAAUCUUGAUCUUGAACAUAGUACUAAACAAGAUUUGUCACACGAACAAAGUAAACCCGAACAGGAAAUCUUAAGACACAGUUAUAGAGAAAUACAAGACGCCGAAAAUAUCCUUGCGAUGUCAUCUCAAAGAAUAAAAAGCAAACCAAAUGAAAACGUUCAUGAAACUGAGACACAUGUAAAUAUAAAGAAGAAUGCUGUUGAUGAUUCCACAAUUGGGGAGAUUGUUGAGGAGAUCGAUAUUGAUAGAGACAUAAUUCGACCUGGCGAUAGAAAUUACAAUAAAUUCGACUCUCGUUGUUUACCUGCAGAGGAUAUUGAUUUAAAGUCAUGUUCUACAAAAAGUACAAACAUUGAAAAAAUUAUACCUAAAGAGGAAGCUUUAAAGUACAAUUACCAUGAAAUAAACGAUGCUGAAAUAAUUUUUGCAAAUGUGAUAUCUGCCCCCAUCUUACUAAAUCUUGCAGCUGUUCAAAACACACACAAUGAUUUGGAAGAAGAUGAUAUACAAAUUACAGUCGAUCAUCACCCAGCCAUUAUUCAAUCAUUCGAGAGUACUGACAACAAAACAGAAGAUAUACAAACUGCUCUUCAAACUCAAAUAUCAGAGAUGCAAACAAAUAAAAAUAUCGUUGAUGAAACAAUUAUAACUCAGUCUGCUGCUGAGCAUUCACCAAUAAAAGUUAAAAAUAUUGAAAACAAUGAUGAUCAUCAGUCAAUUUCAACUCAAGUAAUCGAUCACAUUUUAGAUGAAAAAAUAAUAACGCAAUCUAGAGCGGAUGAGCACUGUUUGAGUGUAAACUUAAAUCAAACUGCUGUUUCAGAAUGUAUCGCAAAAGAAGUAGAAAGUCACAACAUUGACGAAAUUAACACAAAUGAUGGAAAUUCUUCAAAUUCUUAUAUAAUUCCAACUCAAGAAGCAUUACGUUAUGACUAUCAAGUUAUAAACGAUGCUGAAAAUAAGCUUGCAUUUUCUACAAAAUCGAACGCAAAUACGCAAAUAUCUAUAGCAGUGAAAGAUGAAAACAAUGAUAAUACAAUACAAACGCAAAUGACAGGAAAUGAAAAUAUGGAUAUGGAAGUGAAAAUUAGCCCACUGCGUCAAACCUAUCAUGAAAUUAUAGACGCUGAAAACGUUUUAUCAAAAGUUUCUAUUGCUCAUAAUGAAAAUGAAUCUGUGGACGAGACCUCAUAUAAAAAAGAAGAUGGAUUAAAUGAAACAUAUGAACAGGAUAAAAUAAAAGAAAGCAUUACUUUUGAAAACACGUAUCACAAAUAUAAAUACAGUGAACUGGUAGAUGCUGAAACAAAGCUUGCGUUAGUAAAAUCAUCUGGAUUAUAUUCUGAGUUGAAUACUAUAAGUGAUAAAACCAAUAAUUUACCAAGUACGCUAAAUAUGAAUAAUAGUAAAACUGAAGAACAAUGCGGUACUGAUAGUAUCGAUAAUAAAUUCAGUUCAUCAGAACAAAACAUGAAUCAGAAAUCAAAAUAUGAGGAAUUUGAAUCUAAACAGAAUAAUUAUGAAGAAAUAAAAGAAGAUAAAAAAUCUCUGGAAACCACUUCCAUUGAUGUUUCUAAUUUGCUGACAUUAGACCCCCAUGAAGGUUUGCUAAUGAAAUCAGAAGAAAAUUUGGAAAUAUCUAUGGAAACUACGAGAGAUCAUAUUAGUGAAAAAUGUAAACCAUUACAAAAAAAUGAUUCAAGUGAGAAUAUAGAUCAAUAUAAGGAUGAUGUUAUGGAGCAAAUGAAAUCAUCAGGAGAAAUAGAUUAUCAAAUCAUUACUGAUACAGCCGAAUUAAAGUCUGACAUAAUUUCUUUUAAUAUAAUGCAGGAACCAAAAUCCUUUGAAGUUGAUCUGAACAAAACACCUAUAGUUGUGAAAUAUGGAACUGAACAAGAUGAUAAAGAAAACAUUCAAAGAGAAAAUAUUAUUUCAACAAAUGUAAAUAAUGAUAUUCCUAACACAUCUUUAGAAAACGCGCCUGCACAAUUAGAUGAAAGCUUUGAGCCCGCUAUCAAACUAACGGAACAGUGUGAACUGUUAAGCGAUAAGAAAGAUACGUAUAAUAUUGAAUGUUCGCGGGAAAUCGCAACAUUAAUAAAUACUACGGAAGGAACUGAAACUAUUUCUUUAAUUAACACACGUACUGAUGAGCCUGAUAUAAAGCCUGAUGCUAUCUCGGUUGAGCCUACAAUGAAUAAGAUUGUCAUAGUAGAUACAAAAACAUUAGAGCCUGAUACGACAGAUAAUAUCUUAGGUGGUCAAUGUAUGGAACAAUUAUCGGAACCCAAAGAAAACAUACAACAUCAGAAAAAUAUGUCCAAUGAUGUUGACUUAAGCCUAUCUAAAAACGAAACAUGUACACGUACUGAUAAAUCCCCUAUACAUAGCUUGCAUGACCUUCUACCCGAGAUUGAUUCCAUUCCUGAAUUUAAGCCUUCUUUUUCAAAUACUGUCCUAUUUUCUAAUUUGUCAGCUGAUGCACCCGAAUUUACACCAUCCUAUAUGUAUCAACAUAAUGCAGGAUCUGAAAUAAAAGAGACACAUGAUGAUGUCUUGAGAAGUGGAUCAAAAUCUGCUGAUGUAACAUGUUCAUCGAUAUUACAAGACAAAGAAGAACCACAAGAACAUAAUGUUAAAGCAGAUGACUCUAAUAUAUCUGAGCCAGUAAAUAAACAAGCUAAUGAAACUAUUGAGAUGUCUGAAGAAGUGAUGAUUCCAGUAAAAUCAAAGAAAAAUAAAAAGAAGAAGAAAAAAGAAGAUAAAAGGGAAGAAACAUCUAUAUUACAUGAUUCACAAACUUCCGAAGUUGAAAUAAAACCUCCAGUACAAGAAAUCAUCAAUGUUUGGGCAAACAUUGCUGAUGAGGGUAAAUCUUAUGCUGAAGUGGUGGCUGAAGGUUUGGAUCAUGAAAACAUCGGAAAAGAUAGUCCACUACAUACUGUAGGAACAUCAUAUAUGCCUGAUGAAGAAAAUGAGCUGAGAAGCAAAGAUGAAAUUUCAGAAAUUAGUGAAAAAUAUUCGGCAACAGAAGAAUCAUUAGGUUCUUGGGCUAAUAUCGUUGCCGCUAACCGUACAUCACCAGAUCGUGUUUUCCAAAGUGAAACUAAUCUGGAACCUCAUGCUCAUGAACAAACACGAGCUCCUGUUAUAUUAAUUGAGGAGUUGAAUUCAGAAUUACAUAAACCACCAAUUACAAUGGAUGCUGAGGGAUUUAUAACUGUAGAAAGACAUCGAAGGUCAAGGUCUCGAUCAAGGGAUAAUCGAGCGUGGUCAACUUCGAAUAUUACUACUAAAGAAGAGCGUGAUAAGUCUGAAAAUAGAUUUGAUGCCCUUGUUACAACAUUGAAUACAGAUAAUGCUGAGAUUAUUCAAACUGGCCACAGUGAUGAUGAAAUUGAAAACUCUAUGAUAAAAAUAUCAAAAAGUAGAAAAAGCAGAUCUUCUAAAUCUAAAGAAAAAGAUAUUCAAUCAAAAGUGAUAGAAUAUGAACCUACUGCGUCUGUUAAUGAAAAACAAUCAAUCAAAAAGAAUAAAAAGAAACGUGGGGGAAAAUCAGUAGAAAAAGCUAAUACUAAUGAUGACACAGCUUUGAUACCAGACAGCGAGCUUGAAAAUAAAAACAUUAUUAUAAUAGAUAAAAAAGAGAUUCCAGUAGAUGUUAUGAAGGGUGACAAAAAGAAAAAUAAGAAGAAAAAUGAAAAACAACGUAAAAUAGAUAUACAUUCGGAUGAAUGUAGUCAUUCUACUGUCGGCCAAAAUGAAAAAGAUCCCAAUUUUGUAUCGAACGCCUUGAAACAAGCAAUUGAAACGCCAAUAUCGACACCUGAAUGCUCUCAAACACCUGUCAAAGAUAGAAUAUUUUCCGAAGCUCAGUAUUGGAAAGUAGAUCCAAGUCACUUAGAUAGUUUACCAAGUUUAUCGAUAAAAUCAGAAACUAACGAUAAUGAAUUCCAAAUAGAAAGCAGUAGCAAAGCAAAUCAUCAAUUUAAGGCAACCAGCACCGAGGUAUCUUUGAAAACCAAUACUGUUUUGGAAAAUAACGAAAGAAAAGAAACGGCCGAAAAAGCAACUUGCACAAUUCAAGAUCAAAUUACUAAAAAUGAGGAAAAAAUAACGGAAGAACAAUCUCUUGAAAAUAAAAUGGCUGAUUUGCAAAGAGAAAUUGAAGAGAUGCUUUUGCCCGAAAAUGAUUCGUCUCAAACGAGUGAUGAAGUACUUCCAGAAUUGAUCAGCCCAAUUUCAAUUGAGUAUGACAAUGAGGAAAUAUCAGCUUUUAUGACACCAUCGCUCGCUUCUCCUGAUCCUGAAGACAAAAUGCUAUUAGAUACAAAAAAUUUAUCGGAAACAGGAAGAUUACAUGAUAUGAAUGAUGAGCAAAUAUUAAGAAUUGAAGAAGACCUAGAUACCAAACAUGUGAGUGUAAGUAUGAUUGACUCAGUAUUGCAAGAACCUGAUUUUAAAAUAAAAGAAAGGGUUGAUUUACCCGAAAAUCUAAACCAAAUUGAAGAUCUGGCAAUUGAAGACCCAAAAAAUGAUAAUCCUGAUCAAAUAAUUUCAAAACUAACAGCUACACAAAUGUUAAUGCAACCUGGUGAAUCAAUUAAUGACAUUGUUGCUAACGUGGAAUCUAAUGUCGUAACUAACAACAUUAAAAACAUCAAACCCGAAAAUUUCUUUACUGAAAAACAUAUAAUUAAUGAUGCCGAAAAAAUGUUACAUCGACAAAAUGUAAUCGAAACUAAUAUGAAUCUUUCCAAUACUAAACUUGCACUUGAAACAUGCUCUCACAAACAGGUGAAUCUGAACCAAAACUUAUUUAUAGACCAUUCAUUUUGGCUUGAUAAACAUGUUUACAAUGAUGCGGAACGACAGUAUUAUCUUGCUAUGUCUAAAAAACUUAGAACCUCAGAUUUGUCUCCAAUAGACUUCGAAAUGAAAGAUAAUAAUGACAAGGAUAAAGACCCUAGUGGAAGUUCGGGUCAUUGUUCUGACAAUGACGAACCUAGAGAUUCGAGUAGUACUUCAUUUGAUUCUAAUUAUAUAUCCAUGGAUUUACCUGGUGGUAUUUGUAGUUGGAAGGAUCAAAGUUCUUACUUAAGUUUAGAAACAACAGGUGAUAUCACAGAAGCAAAAGCUGAAGAUACGUUGCCCACGUUGACCGACACUCGAGAGGAUUUACUAACAACCUUGUCCCUAGAACCAGUUGCCCUAUCCCCAUCCCAACAGGAGCCGACAGAAGGAGAUGCUACUACCAGGACAGCCAAGGAUGACUUAUCUAAUGAUAUUGAAAGUCUACUUGAGGAAGUGAGAAACGUACAGACUCGUCUCACAGAUCUUCCCGAUGAGAGCCUAAACGCUAUGGAGGAUGGUCUCAGGGACGGUAUUGCAGUUCUAGUCAAGUGUGAGGAGGCAGCGAAUCUCUUGGAAACAAAAAUAAUGGAGUACAAACAAGAAGAAGAAAUACAAAUUUUAUUAAAAGAACUGAUAAUUAUGAAAGCGAGAAUCUCAAAACUAUUAACCCAAGCCCGUCAAGGUCUUGACAUCAUCCAGGAAGUCAAAGUAGAAAUGUCACGACAGACAAAAGAAAUAGAGGAAAACAAAGAAAAGAUAUUGAAGCUCGAUACCUGGCUUGAAUCAAUUAAUAAUGAGCUCAAGAGUUCUACGAUAAAGGGGGAUAUUCUUAUCGAAGAAGAUAUAAUUAAAUAUAUAGAAAUUUAUGAGAAAUAUAUCAAUGACUAUGAAGAAUAUGAGGUCAUUUUGAAGUCUAUAACUGUGAUAAGUAGCGAUGAAUCUAGUCAAGCGAUGAGUGAAAAGUUACAUGUAAUGCAGAAGGCUUUGGAAGAAACAAAGAAUCUAGUCAUAAUAGAGUUAGAGAGAUUACGUUAUGUAUUAUUACAUAUGAAGUCCGCCCCAGAAUUGAUAGAAGAUGACGUUUCACAGACUGACAGGACUAUUGACUCUACAUCGAUGCCUGAAGAAAUAGUGACACCAAGAGAAGCAGAGAUUGUCAAAGAAAAAGAACAUUCUAAUUUAGAAGAAAAACUCAUAUCUUGCGAUAUAGUUGAUACUGAAAUACCACCAGUUAACAUCAAAGAAAAAAUAGAAAAUAUCACGAUUGAAACCCAGACUGGAAAAAGUCUCUUAUCGGAACCACCGUCUAUGACCGAUAAAUCUGUUAUAUGUGAACAAGGCGUUAAGGAGACUCACGACGUAUCUGUUACUUGUGCGCCUCCACAAGAAGUUGAAAUACAAACAAGUGAGCCGCACUCCAUAGAGCAUGAACGAGAAAUAUUUGGAAGCAUACAAGUAAGGCAAACCAUUUCUGAUGGUCAUGAAACAAUUGAAAUAGCUAGUAAACCAAUAACAAAAGAACAAAAAGCAGACGAACACUCUUUGUUUGUUGAUGCUAACUAUAAAGAUGAUAAAUCACACAAAGAUUCACAACUCAAUAUAAUUCAUAGCUUGCCACAAUCUUUUGAAACUGUUAUGGUAGAGCCAGACGAGACCACAACUGAAGUGGUCGUUGAUGCUGAUGGUACAAAGAGAAUUAUUGUCAAAAAAAUCCGAAAAACAUUAGUAACAAGACAACAAACUUUGCACACCCAACAACAACGAUCACAAAUACUUUCGAGUGAAGAUUUGCCUCAGGAGACCUUUUCACAGGUAACACUACGAGAAGACAAAGGUGCUAUAUCUACUACAUCAGGCGAUGGUCGUAUUCAGCAUAUUCAUUAUCAAUCUCACGAUGGUCAAAUCAUAUCUGGCCUCCCUGGAGGUGAAGUGACCAUUCAAGAAUUCACAUCGAAACCAGAUAUGGUCAUUACCAUGGAAGAAGACAUGAAACCAGAAGAUAUUUUGCAGUUGGCCGAAGGUCAAACAUUACCUCAAAUUCAAACUUCCUCAUCUAGUGUAACAGCCGUUGUACAACAAGUUACAAAGCGAAUUGUGAAAACCAGACGUCGAAUUAUACGACGCGUGGUCAUAAUAGACGGCAAAGAACAUGUUACAGAGGAGGUAAUUGAAGAACCUGAUAACAUUGAAAUGUUUGAAGAACAAAUCCCAAGAAUCUCCAUAAAUGUUACUGAUCAAGGUGGUGUUCAGUUUGAAGAGAUAGAGGGUUCAGAUGACAAAGGUGAUCAUCCUCCAUUACCACCGUCACAUCCAAAACCUGAUGACACGUCUCCCGAUGAUAAUAAUUUUGACGGUAAAAAUGAUUCAAAAUACAUUAAGGAUGCAUCAGAUUAUACAGUUAUUCAUCAAGAAACCGAAUCACAAAAAUUAGCAAAAGAUAUUGGCGAAUCAGUAUCGGAAAAAUUGCAAGAAGGGCCAUAUAAAAUAAUCACCGAGGAAUCUGAAAGUUUCAAAACUAUUCCUUUAUCAAAAACCAUCGCAGAGACAACGGAAAGUCCUUUUGAUAAUAAUAUAACUAGUGUUCAAACAGGACAAUUUAUAACAACAGAACAAGCAUCAAAUAUGUCGACCAUUGUGCAAAAAGUUACUAGAAAAAUAACACGAACAAGAAAACGUAUUAUUAAACAUAUACAAAUUGUUGACGGCAAGGAACAUGUAACUGAAGAAGUUAUCGAAGAACCUGAAGAUGUAGAAAUUAUAGAAGAAGAACCAAAUGUUAUUCACAAUCUUCAAAAGCAAGGAUUUAGGACUAAAAAAAUCAGGGUCAUUCGUCAAAUACAAAUAAUAGAUGGAAAAGAACAUGUCACAGAAAAAGUAAUCGAAGAACCUGAUGACGAUGUUGAACAAACUAUAGAUGAUAUCGGAAAAAUAAUGACGUCUGAAAUAGAUUUAAAUAUUGAAAAUCUGCCUGAUUCUUCAAAAGAUAAUGAAAAUGUAAAAAGUGAAGUAAAAGAAACUAACUUUACGCAAGGUCCGUCCAGAUUAGUGAAAAGUGUUACGCUUCAAAAAAUGACGGAGAAUAAGACACACGAAAUGGAAGGAAAACAAAUUGAAAUUAGAAAUCCCGUCCUUGAAGAAAACGAAACACAACGUCACCAAGACAAAUAUGUUGAAAUUACAGAAGUAACUUCUCCCAUAGAUGCUUCUAAAUGCCUUAUUGGAAAGGAAAUUGAGCAUUCAACUAAGCAAGAACCUGUGAUUGAUCAAGAGAAAAAUCAAGAGAAGUUUCUUGUUCCCUCAAAGCAAUCAUCCCCAGAAAAUACUUUGGGCGUAAUAACUUCUGCAAUUUCCACCUUUACAACAGUCUCACCUUCUAAUUUAUCAAAUAAAGAAGAAAGUGUUAUAACUGAAGCAGAAAUACCCUAUAUACAGACUGAAUCAUUAAUGGAAAAAGACUCCAUAGAAAAUAAGCCUAUUGAAAACAUUGUAGGUUCUUCUCAAAAAACUGAUAUCGUUAAGCUUCAUCAUAGAACACCCGAUAAAAAAGUAACAGAAGUAAAAGAAAAGCAAUCUCAACAUAAUAAUCCUGUUCUUAAAGAAAAUGAAGAUCAUGACACUAUGAGUCAUCUAGUUCAUGAAACACUAUCUAAACAAGAGAAGCAUGCUGAAGAAAUAGAAAUUAGUCCGCCUGUAACAGUUUCUAAAUCUUUUAUUGAAAGUGAAAUUGAGCAUUCGGCUAAACUUAAACCAGUAAUUGAACAAGACAAUAACAUACCUGAAAUAAAGUUUGUUGUUCCCCCUGAGCAAUUAUCUGCGGAAACUACUAUUUCGUUAACACCUAUAUCUCCCACUCCUACAAUAUCUGCACUAGCUGCUUCUUUAAAUAAAAACGAAAAUGUAACAACAGAAGUAGAAGUACCUCAUUGCAUGCAAACAACAGUGUUGAUAUCGAAAGACUCAAUUGUAAAUAAGUCAAUUGAAAAUACCGGUGAUUGUCCUCAAAAUUCUAAUGUUACAGAACGUUUUUCAACAAUACCCGAAAAAGAUGUAACAAAGGUAAUAGAAAAACAGCCUAACGUAAGCUCUGUGUUAAAAAGUGAAGUUCAUGAAAGCAUGAAUCUACCAAAAGAAGAGAAAUUUAAUGAAAAUACAGAAGUAUCUUCUCCAAUAGUUGCUUCUCAAUCCUUUAUGGGUUGUGAAAUUGAGCAUUCUUCUAAAUUAAAAUAUGCGAUUGGUCAAGACAAAAAUUUUAAUAAAGAAGAGAAUGAAGACAACACAAAAGAAACUACCGAGAAAAAAUUGUCUGAGACUGCAAAGGAUUUUAAAACUGUUCAACCCAAUGAUAUGCCCCAAACACCAAUUUUUGAAGACACUAACAAAGAUGUAAAUGUCGUAGUUGAAAAAGACGCAAAGAUACCAGAAAAAGAAAUUAUAUCACAUAAUAUAAUGGAAGCAGAAGACCAAGAUGAAUUGACAAAGGUAUUACAAGAUACUCAAAAUACUUACACUUCUUCUAAAACAUCAUCAACUCCAAUUAAACCUUCAGAUACCCGUGACAAAAAGGAACUAAUUCAAACCAUAGAUAAACAUUAUGUUAACAUGUUACUAGAAUCAGAGCGACAACAUACAGAAGGCAAUAUUAGCAUAACUGAACCCUUAAUGAGCAACACAAAACAGUCCGAACAAUCUUUAGAAAUUUCAACAUCUAUCAACAAAACGAAUGUCUUAUUACAGCCAGAACCUAAAGUAAAAGUAGACGUUGAAAUUCCCAAAUUAGAACGACAGGCAUCCAAUAUCACCGAAAAAGAAGUUGAGGUAGUGUUACCUACUGAUAUAAAAGAUGAAUUUAAUAAAUCAAAUGUGCAAGAUAUCGUUAGGGAAAGUCCACUUUUAAGUGAGAAAAACAUUGAAUCUGUAGAAAAAAUAGAUACUGGAGUAAUGAGUACUAAGCCACAAAUUAUUCAUAAAGAUCCCGAAUCACCUAUUUCAGAGAUCAUUUUAAUUAAACCACAAUCAUUAGAUGAAAACGCAGAACAAUUUGAAAAGAUUUCAAAUCUUGACAUCAAUCUUCAAAUUACUUCUACGCCUCAAACAAUAGAUCCACUUACUGACAGUGAAAACGAUAAUGAUAAAAUUCAGCCGCAAACAUAUUAUAAUCAAACAGAACUGUUUGUUAAUCAGUAUCCUGUCCAAGUUGAGCCAUUUAAUCAAGAAAUAAAAGUAAUUGAAAGUAAUGUUGCAUCAGAUUCGAAAAUUCCUGAAACUUCUUAUGUUGGACAGGUCCAACCUUCUUCCGACGGUGAAGAACCACCUUUUGAAUCUACAGAUAAUCUUGGAAAAAGUGGCUCAGCCAAAAAUUAUGAUGUCAACUUAUUGUUAGAAUCAGAACGACAACAUACCGACAAAUAUACAAAUACAAAAUCUGAAGACAACAAGGAACAGAUUGAUAAUACUAAUCUUAUAAAUAUGGAAACACAGAAACAAUCUGAACAAUCAAUGGACAUAUCCACUUGCAUUAUCAAAUCAAAUAAAGAACUAAAACCUGAGCCAAAAGUCAAAUUUGACGUUAAAAUUGAAAAUAUGGAGUCCAAUAAACCAUUAAUAAUAAAAAAAGAUAUCGAAGUGAUCUUACCUAGUGAUGUUAAAGUGUCAGAUGAGUACAAAGUUCUAGAUGUAUUAAAUAAGAUUGAAAAAGAUGAGACUCCUGUGGGUACCAUGUCUCCACAGCUCGAUAGUUUGAACUCCUCCUCCAAUCAAGUUAAAUAUAUUUUAUCAGAAAAACCAGAUAUUGUAGAAAAAACAGAUUUUUCAAGCCAAAUUGAAAUAUUUGAACCAGAUACUUCACAAGUAAAAGAUGACUUACAACUCUCACAACAAUCUCUUGAGUUAUCAAUGUCUCUUACGAAAAUAGAUAGUACUAGAAAAACUGAGCCCAAGUUGAAAUUCGAUGUUAAAAUAGAAGAUACUCAAUCAGAUGUCCCAACCAUUGUAAAUAAAAAUAUAGAGGUCGCUUUGCCCAGUGAAGUUGAAAUCACUAUGAAAGAAACAGAAUAUGCCGUUGAUCCUUCUGAGAAAAUAGUGAGUGAAAUAUCAUCAGACGAGUCCAAAAAAGGUCGCAAGAGGAGCAAGAAUAAAACAGAAGCUAAGCAAGUUUCAGAAAAUGAUUCGAUAGAAAUACCAACAGAAAAAAGUUUUUCAGAAACUGAUAGUUCAUCACUAGAUCAUUAUAUCCAGUUACCAUCGUCACCUGUGAUUGAUUCUCCAAAACCAUCGGAAAAUGUCUUUGAUACGGCUGUAGUACUUCAAGUUGAAAGUGGGUCACCUUUGGAUGAAUUUGAAACAGUCGUAGAAGAAAUUGGUUACGAGCCAGAAGAAGUAUCUAUGGAACCAAUUCAGACACCAAAUAAGAAGAAAAAACAAAAGAAACAUAAGCAACGAGGCAUAAGUGAAAUAACCACAUAUCCAAAAUUAAAUACUACUGAUUCUGAUCAAACAUCUGUAUCAACUCCAAUCGAAUUUACUGAAAGUUUACCUGAAAAGAAAACAAAGGACAAAAAGCGUAAAAAGAAAACUGUAAUCGAUUCAAAACCCGAGCUAGUGCAAAACAUAGAACAAAUUUCAGAAACAGUACAAGAAACGCAAACUAAAGCAAACUCACCUAAACUUGGGAGUGAAACAAUAGAUACAUCUCCAAGAGAAGAAUCAUACCACACUUUGAGUGAAACAUCUGAUAUUAGCACUGUAAAAAUUAUAGAAGAAUGUAUUCAAAGUAGCCCAGAAAUCUUACAAAACGAAAUCACAACCACUAUUACAUAUCCUAUCACCAUUGUAGAGGAAAUACCAACCCAAGAUUACUCUAUACAAACGUCACCAGAGCUAUCAGUGGAAACAAAAGUUGAAGAAAAUGUGGAAUUUAAGCCUGCAACUGUCGACAUUACACAACAGACUUCUCCAACGCCAGUCAGUGAAUCUUUAAUACAAACUAUUCCUAAAGAUGAAAAAGAAGUUCAUACUCAAACACUUGAAAAUGUAAAAGUCAUAGAAAGAGUGGAAUUAUCAGAAACAGAGAUGCAAACUAGUCGAGUAGAAACACCAGAGCCAAUAAUCUUAACUGAAUCUACAACACAAGUUGUACCCAGUGACAUUGUAACUCCAGAAGAAAAGUAUUCUCAAACGAUACCUUGCGAAAAAGAUAAAGACCAAACUAUUGAAAAAGUAAUAACUGAAACAGAAUCUAGGGAAAUGCAAACAUCUCCCUUGCCAGAAGUUCAAAAAGACGAAAAAAGCACAGAAGUGACCAUCACGACAGCAGAAACCGAUAUUCAAACUAUGCAACAAGAAAAUAUUGAUAAAGAAACAUCUACUUCUCCAAUCAAAGAAAAAGAAAUGAAUGAAAUGAGUGUACAAACUCCUGAAGUCCCACUUACAAGUACGUUCACGCAAUCUGAUGAACCAGAAAAGCAAAGUGUAAUGUUGGAAGCAAAACUUGAUUUUGUGCCCGAACCUGAUAUCCCAAAAAGGGAAAUAUUAACAUCGGAUAUUAGUCUACAAACAUCUCCUCGAGAGGAAAUAUUAGAUCAACAAAAAUCAUUUGAACCAGCGUUUGAAAAAAUUACAUCAGAUAUUUCUCAACAAACUUCACCUAGGAUUGCAUUAGAAUAUGCAAAAAUCUUAAUUGAUAAGAAGGACGAGUCUCAUAUAUUGGAAACAAACAUAAAAGAUUUACUUCCCAAAACAGACAUAGAAUCUUCACAUUCGGUGUCAGAACUAGAUGAGAUUAUUCCAGGGUUUAAUUUAGAAAUUGAUGAAUCAAUAACAGUCGAUAAAACUCAACAAACAACUCCAAGAAUCGAGGAUAAUAUUAUCAUCCAAGAACUAAUAAAAGAGAAUAUUAUUACUGUUCAUUCAACUCAACAGACAUCACCAAGAUUAUAUUCAGAAGAUUCAAUAUCUACCUCCACAGAAGAACCCUAUGAAGUUCAUUUACAUGCACAAAUAUCUAUUCCUCGAGCUACUUCCGAUUUUAUAGAAUGUGAAAGACUGAACGAAGAUCAACCUGUAAUAGGAGAAAAACAAAAACAAAAGAAAAGGAAACAUAAAAAGAAAGCAGAUUUAACACAAGCGCAAACUCCUGAAAGUCCAUCAGAUCCUAUUACUACUGAAUUGUCUAUGUCUGUAACACCAACUAGUGAAGACUUUUCAAUUAAAGAUUCUUCAUCAAUAGACGAAGGAAUUUACCAAUUUACUAGUCCCAUAACUCCGAAUCAAGAUAGCACUACCCUUAUUCAAUACAAACCUACUUAUUCUGAUGUUGUUCAAAGAUCAAAAUCAAAGUCACCAUCACCAAGCAAAAGUUUGUCAUCGCUUAAAAAUAUAAAAGGGAGACUUCUUGAUACUCUUGAAAAAAGAACUCAAUUAAUAUCUGAACCUCAAAGAAAUGCCUCAGAUAAUGCUAUGAUUGUUGCAUUGUAUGAGCCUACCGUAGAAAAAUCGUAUGAUAUGGUCGUGAACAAAGAAUUAGAUGAAGUCAAAUCUGCAAUCGAAAGUAAGGAUUCAUCAAGAAUUGAAAAAAGUAUUAUUAUUGUAAUAGAAACAAUUUCUGUUUGGCUUGAAGAAAUACAGUUCAAGAUACAGAGAGAAACUAUAGCUGGUAACAAAAAUUUAGAAGAAAGUGAACGUCUUAGGACAUUAGAAAACCAUAUUAGUAACCUAAAAGAAACUAUAGAGUUAACGGAAGUAAAUGAAGAAAUCAUUACCUUGAUUGAAACAUUAACACAUCAAAUUAACGCUGUCAAUACCUUAAGUAAGCAAAGUCCUCUUAAAAUAAAGGAACAAGAAACAGAAUGGAAUAAAUUUAUAAAAGACAUUGAAACAUUGAGCCAAUGUAUUGAUCGUGUAAAAUGUGAUUUAGAUAAUUUAAUUCUAUCGGACGUUCCAAGUCAACAAAAAUUGGAAAAGCUUGACAAAAUAGAGUUAGAAAAUACGGACAAUUCUGAUAAUGUAAGUAAAUUGUUAAGACGAUGUAGGAUGUUUGUAGAAGUGAAUCCCAAACGCGAAUGUCCUGUGGUACUUUACUCUUGCCAUGAUGAUACCAAACAAAUAGAAAAUGCUGUCAAUACAGAAAGGGAUCGCCUUAUGCAACUGACGUCAUUAGCUGAAGAGUAUGAACAAACAUUACAAGAUUUUGCACAAAUCACUGAAGUAGCAGAAGCCUUAUUGGAUGGAAAAAUCGUUGUGUCUAAUUUAGAUCAUUUACAUGAAGAAAUUCAAAAACACAGAAAAUUCUUUGUUAAUUUAAGUCAUUGUAGAGCUAUUCUUGAAUCGCUUGAAGACAAUUUGGACAAUGAAACAAGAGGAAAAUAUUCGGCGUUACAUAAUUCUCUCCAUGAUAGAGCUACUUUAAUAAUAGACAGAGCAGCAGGUAGGGCUCAACAAAUGACAUUAGGCGCUUCUAGAUGGACCUUACUAAAACAAGGAAUGAAAGAAGAAAAGCAAUGGCUUGUUGUGGCUCAGCAGAGAGUACCAGAUUUGUCUAAUGUUACUUCAAUGGAUCACGAACAGUACAUUAAUCUAUAUCAAUCUAUAAGUCUGGAUAUAUCUCAUCACUAUGCGAAAAUGUUACGUUUAUUGUCUAUCACAGAAGGAUUACAAAACUUUAUCGUUUGUUCAGAUUUAGAAACUGAAUGUUCUGCAGCUUUGGAUACAUUAGUGCGAUUACAAGAAGAUGUAGAUUCGCGACUUACACGGCUCACUGCUUUCAAAGAGAAUUGGAUGACAUUUGAUCACCUGAUUGAUAGAAUCGAAGGUCGGAUGCAGACAGCAAAUCGAGAAUUAGAAAAUAUCACGCCUGAAACUAUAACCACCACCGGCAAUCUUCGACGAUUCUGGGAAUUGAAAGCACAACAUGAAGUAUAUAAUAAUCUUAAAAACGAAUCUGGGAUACAAUUUGAGAAAGCUUUAGAAAUUUUACCAAUAUCAGAUGAAAUGGUACAGCGACAAUUCUUCUCUAAAAUCGAGGACAAAUGGCAGGACUUGGCUACUCGAAUCGGUGACAUACAUAAAACAGCUAUACAGAAUUUAACUGAUCGAGAUGUAUCGUCUAGUGAGAAACUGAAUAUUAUAGAAGAAGAACUGCGAGAGCUACGUGCUUCAUUAGAUUGCUUGAAAGGUGUAAUUAGGAGUGAAGAUGAGUUAAACUUGUAUAUAGAAAGAUUACAAGUAAUGACAAGUCGUAUCGAUAGAAUUCUUAAUGAACUCGGCAGACUAAGCCUACUGCCGACAGCUGAGUCCGAACGUUUGGGUGCUCUUUUAACACAGUCAGGUAUUCUUGAUGAUCAGAUAUCAGCGGAGUUAGAAAGGAGUUUAUUACUAAAAGAGAAGCUCGUCCAAGUGCAAACUGGCAUAAUUCGUUGCCAGAAGAGUCAACGUCGCGAUCGGUUAACGUUAGAAGAAUGUGAAGCAGCGGAACGUCUCGGCAGUGAUGUAGUUGAACGAGCAUCUGAAACAUGUGAUCGGUUAAUGGAGGAUUUAUCAUCUCAGUGGCGAGACAUCUUGGCAUUACGACAAUCCCUACAUAUGCUACCAACUAGCUUGAGAGUCUGUGUAUCACCCACGGGUUUAGAAAAGGAUAUUACAGCAUUACAGGACACUCAUGCUGAACUAGAAGCUGCUUGUAAUGACUUAAGCCUGCGACUGCGUGCUAAAGUUCAACUGUGGAAACGAUUUGAACGACAGCUCGAGAUGGUGCAGGGCGCAGUGAGGGAAGCUGACUACAUGGUUGAAUUGCUCACUGUUCAAGGGCAGGUCGACUAUGACCGUCUCCUUAAGGCCACGGAGAAACUUGAGGUAAAAAGUCAAUUACUGAAUUUAAUUAAGAUUCACCUAUUUAAUGAACUGUUAGGUGUUCGGUGGCAUAGUGGAUAAGCGCCGCGGCCUUCGCUCUUUGUUAAGCAACUUUCGCAAGGUUCGGUCACGGGAUGGGUGACCAGAAAAUUAUUUUCUCGAGCUAUUCUGUGCUUCGAAGGGCAAGUAAAACCAUUGUUCCGCCUGCAUCUGCAGUUGAAUACCCUCUAAACGCAUUAGGCCAGCGUGGGAGUUAUGGCCCGUCCUUCUCAGCCAUCCAUAAGAAAAAAUAACCUUCAGCCCCUGCAGUGGGGACAUAAAAAGUCUGAUGAUGAUUAUAAUUAGUCACUCAAAUAAAACAUGACAAUACUUACCUAUUUUUCGUUGCAGACACUCAACGAAUCCCUGUCGCGUCGCAGUGGAGAACUAGUAGGUGAAUUGCGUGACGCAGCAGCACCACUAGCGGCAUCUACUGAGCCAACUGUUGCUGCUCAACUGAAGAGAGAACUGGACGAUGCAGUCGCUACUUAUGAACACACGUGUUCCAAUCUCACUCAGUUGUGUGACAAGUAUAACAAGGCAGUAGACUUAUGGAAGAGGUAUCGUGACGCUGCAGCUGCGGUGCGCGCUUUCGCAGAGUUUCAAGAAGGCAGGCUACAUGCACUCCGACCUGAUGAUGCCCCAGCAACAGCAGCGGUAAGUUUUAUUCUAAACACACUGUUACCCGCAACUUCGCCCGCCUAAAUUAUAGCUUAUGUCACCUGCGUACUAGAAGAUGAUAUUAGAUAUUACAAGGAAACGAAGGCCGAAUAGAUUGGAAAGAUAAAGAACUCUUUUUAUUUUUUCAGAGAUAACAGACUACUUACUUUAAAAUAA